AUGCAGACCGACGCCGGCGAGUUCGUGGACCUGUACGUGCCAUGGAAAUGCUCCGCAAGCAACCACAUCAUUGUUAUCCAGAUGAACGUGGCCGAGGUUGACAGGGUCACAGGUCGGUUUAAUGGUCAGUUUAAAACCUACGCUAUCUGCGGCGCCAUUCGCAGGAUGGGCGAGUCAGAUGAUUCUAUUCUCUGA